CUACGUAAUAAAUUAAGUCGGGAAAAACGGAAAUAACUAAUAAAUUGGAGAAUGAAAGAGGACAAACAAGUAGCAGAGAACAAAUGUUAAAGAUUGUCGAGGACUUUUACACCAAGUUCUACAGAAAUCUGAGUCAAGCAGAAGCAUCUAAAAAUAUACAUAAUGAACCAAGGAUCGGAAGAGAUGCCAACGAUAAGAGAAAAUAAGGUCUUAAAGCCGUUGUCAGAAAUGAAGAACAACAGAGCAUCUGGCGAGGACAGUGUUGUUGUAGAAGCAACUAAACUCUUUAAUAAUAACCCCACAAUGAUGGAAUAGCACCAGUAUUGUUAUUAUGCACAAAACGUGUCGAAUUAAUAUAACAUGAUAGUAGCUUUAAUUUAAAUGCGUUGUGUUGAGCGAAAAGUGAUAUAGGCAUUUAUUGAUUUGGAUGAAAGAUGUAAUGAGUACGUAUAAGAAGAAUGUUUUUCCUAUUGAGCACUUGGAUUUAUCGAGAAAGAAAGAUACAAAGUUAUAUAGGACUUUACUGAUGUCGAAACUGCGUUUCCGUGGAGUCGCUGCGGAAAAGCGCGGAACCUCAUGUCGUGCUGGGCUUUCUGAUGGAUAGAGUUAAUUUCAAUUAGUAAAAAAUGGUAGAGAACCGCAUUAACACAAAAAACAAGGAAAGUUGUUAGUAAACGGAGUGUCUAUAAAGUGAGCAUAUUGUUAACACGAGUGGCGGAAACAAGCAUGAUUUAGUUGAAAAUGGUCAAAAGCGUUUGCAAAAACAAACAUUUUGUGAGAAACUAUUUGGUGGAUACCCAAGGAAUUUUGUCUACAAAUUCAGAUUCUGCACCGGCCAAGCAAUGUUAAACCGUAGAUUUAUUAAUUAUAAGUUCUCGAAGUGACGGUAUCUGAGAGGUCAGCCCAAGUGAAAUAUUAACACAAAACUGCGUUGCAGGCUGUACAAAAUACAACUUCCUUAAUUGACCCUUUCUCUUCUGUUAAGUGUAUUGCGGAACAAAUUUGCAGUUAGAAUGACAUUUUCCUACAUCUUCUAGAAGGUUGUAAAAACUUUACUAGCAAUAUAAAGCCUAUGGGGUCGAAAAGGUCGCAUGUAUACCCUUCUUUUAUGUUAACCUUUAUCUUCUAGAUACACUCUGAGUAUCACAUUUCUGAUACUUUAUCGUUAAUGGUUUCUAAAUAAGUCCAUUAUAGUUGGCGGCCGUGACCAUGAUUUCGAUGUUAUGUACAUACAAUGUACGCUGUUUACAGUCCAAAGAGGAAGCGGUCAGCGCAUCAGCGGCAGCGGUAGCACGAUUCCCAAUUUGUAGCGUUUUGUGUUCAGUACCACUGUAUCGUUUUGCCGGUCCCGCAUUUGAAAAUUAAACGCUGGUACUCUCGUUCGCGUACAGCCAAUUCGUAAUUAGUAGUAAACGUGCAGCGUAGUUGCACGCAAAGACAAAUAAAGUUAGAUCCGCUUUGGGCUCAGCCCUGUUCUGUUUGCAAUUCGAUCGAUCGCUAAGGGAUGACCCAAGGGGAGCGUUUGCAAUGAUUCACCCCCCGAGUGCAGCCUGUGCCUUCAAACCUGCCAGUUCAAGUGGUCAGAUUGUUUGGUGUUUGUGUCGUGCAUUGUUUAAUAAUCAUUUAUUUGAAUUGAACAUUACUAUUUUUUAACACUAUCUGCAUCCAAGAUAGAGAAAUGCUGUUGCCGACGUCGAAUUCCAAUUGUCCAAUCGGUUUUCAAAACGAUAUCUAUCACGAAGUGGCGGAAAAAACCAAAUUUUUGACUUUGAAAUGUACGGGAAAACAACGAACUCACAACAGCCAUGCGAGAAGUAAAAGUGCUGAACGAAUUAAAUUUCGAUUUUGCGCCUGUACUGGACCAAAAAAGAACAAAAAAUCCGCAAAGUGGUAUGUAAAGCAGCCCACAUGGCGGCUUUGGGGAGAAGAAAAAGCAGAUGGCGCCCUGUAUACAGUCUACCUCAAAAAAGUCCGGUACCAUCGACCAACCAGAAGUGUUUCGUCUUCACAUUCGGACUCGGACGAUGAAAUCUCGCAUUUAGAAUGGGAAACUGUGCGAGUCCGUUUUGUGAAAGCCGGCACACUUAAAAACUUGGUCGAAGCUCUUUCAACUGAUGAUGGAGAGCUGGAAACUACGUAUAUCAAUGUGUUUUUAGCUACUUAUAGAAGUUUUUCUACUGCAAAAGAAGUACUAACGUUACUGUUGGAGCGGUACGAAGAACUAACACAGUCUGCUCAAAAUGGAAGACCGGAACAACAUGACCAACAUAAAAAAACUCUCAUAUCCGCCCUACAUGUUUGGCUCGAUAGUUACCCAGAAGACUUCAAAGACCCUCCAAAUUAUCCCGCCCUUCGACUACUGCUCAACUUUUCUGAAGACUAUUUACCAAAUACCGAGUUAGAUGCCAAAGUUCGUCAUAGGCUCGAUAGAUAUUCAAGGGAAGCUCAUGUCGAUCCCCUUUUAGCACCCCCGCCUGCUUUUGCGAUGAGAUCUAUCGCGUCAUCCGGAUGGAGGAAUUACAAGUUACCAGACGUACCAGUAAGGCAUUUUGCCGAACAACUUACCAGAAUGGAUGUGGAUUUAUUUAAGAAGCUAGUCCCACAUCAAUGCUUAGGAGCAGUGUGGUCUCGUCGAGAUCGAAGUCGCUCUCACGAAGCUGCCACUGUUUUAGCUACAGUUAAUCAAUUCAAUGCAGUAUCAUUUAGGGUAAUUUCCUCAAUAUUAGUUGAACCAGGCCUAAAAACAUAUGACAGAGCGUGUCUGAUAGCAGGUUGGAUAGACAUAGCUCAAGAACUUAGACUCAUCAAGAACUUCAGCAGUUUAAAGGCGAUUAUUAGUGGAUUACAGAGUAACCCGAUAUACAGGCUUCAAAAAACUUGGCAAGCAAUAGCCAAAGAAAAAAUUGAACUAUUUGAUGAGCUGGCUCGCAUAUUUAGUGAAGAUAACAAUCAGUGGACACAACGAGAGCUUCUAAUGAAAGAGGGAACUGCCAAAUUUGCAGACACAGUUGGAGAAAACGACAAACAACUGCAAAAGAUCUUCCAACGCCAGAACAAUCAUACCGCGAAUAUUUCAUUUGGUACCAUUCCCUAUUUGGGAACGUUCCUCACUGAUCUCACUAUGAUAGAUACUGCCAUUCCAGACUCUAUUGGUGAUGGUUUGAUUAACUUUGAUAAGAGAAGGAAAGAAUUUGAAGUCCUGGCUCAGAUCAAGCUAUUACAGGGUGCUGCAAAUGCUUAUCACUUUAUGGAAGAUCCAGCUUUCGAUAGAUGGUUCGACUCGAUUUUGGUCCUGGAUGACCGAGAAGCCUAUCAACUCAGUUGUCAAAUCGAACCUGCUACCAAUGGACAAAACAGAAAGGACCGGAGCAACAAAGCGAGGGGGAUUCCUGGUCAUCAGAAGAACGACUCAAUUACAAGCACAAGCAGCAGUAACAGCUCUCAAUUUUACUGUGAUGUUGAUAGUAUCACUAGUUCACCACAUAAUAGCAUUGAUCGUAAAAUGAGUCCCAGUCAAAUGUCGAAUUCGAGUAGUAAUUCUUCGUUGCCAAGUUUGGAUAUUAGUUUAAACAGUUCGCAUUCGGGUAGCGCCACAAAUCGACUUCAAGUGCCUUUAUCUAACAAUUCUGGAACUCUUAGCAAUAAUUCACAGAAAAGUAGUCCCGAUUUUUAUAUCAUCAAGGUUACAUACGAAACAGACAAUCCAGAAACAGAAGGAAUAGUCUUAUACAAGAGCAUAAUGCUUAGUAACAAUGAACGGACACCCCAAGUAAUCCGAAAUGCGAUGUAUAAGCUAGGGUUGGAAGGAAAUCCCGAUCAGUAUACACUUGCUCAAGUAUUACCAGAUAAAGAGAUGACCUUGCCUUCAAAUGCGAAUGUUUAUUAUGCCGUAAACACCGCCCACAAUUUGAACUUCAUUCUUCGUUCCAAGCCAACUGAUCUUACUCCCACUGGCAAAGGUCUGAAAGGAAAGUCUAAAUCAUAGCAAAUGUUGAGAUGGAACACUUUUGUCUAGUGAGAGCCAAGUACGCUCACCAUCCGUUUAUAGUAAUUAACUAAACUGCACAGAUAAAAGUGGCCCUUAUAAGUUAUGUAAAUAAUGUGAAUCCUUUUUAUAACAAACAUAACAUCUGUGAUAAAAGUAAUGCUAUACUCACUCAGUAAUCAUCACGCCAAGUAAAUUAUUUUUUUAUUUAUUUGACAGUAUAGUUUCUAUACGAAAUUAGGUAAUUUUGGUAUUAGUAAGAUCUACGAGUUUGUCGAUGUGAUGUUAAUCACAAAUAAGCUCUUUUGAGCUCUAAGUUGAGCAUAGGAACCCAAAAUAGCAUGGAAUUUCUCAAUCGAGUACUAUUUCAGAUUUAAUAUGUCCCAGUAUUCAGAGAAACAUAAAUUCAAAAGGGGGUAGAUGUUUUAUAGUACAAAAGAAAUCUAAAGUGUAUGUAUUUCAAAGGUAAACAUGAAGUAAACCAUAAUCUAUAAACAGCUAGCAAAAGCAACAAGAAUUUAUUAUAAUUUGCUCAAUAACGCAUUGAUAAUGAUUAAUGAUUACGAACGCAAAAACAACAUAAUAUUCAGAGCAAACGCUUUUUAUUCGCCUCAAUUUCUUGUCUGUGUUUUUUUUAUCAACAAGAAUACGGAGGAAAAUGUUUAACCGUGUUUAUCUUUUAAGGAAAAGCACUGUAGAGCCAAUUGCUCUCAAAAUAGAAGACAUGUCGUAAGUACAUUUGGCUGUAAUAAAUAAAAUCGACAAGCUCUCGAAUGUUCGGCAUCUGCUGAUAAUUAUCUGUUCCUUACGCAAAUUAGACUCCCAAACAUAUCAUAUUCGAGUCACUGAGUUUUCAUGGUGUCUAUAGCAUUUUGUCUUAUAACAAAGGUAUAGUCAAUGGUCAAUCCCAUUAGAAAAUCGGUUGAUAGUCAAAACCUACCUACUUUUUUAAGUUAACAGAACCAAUUCUGAGGAAACCUGGUAAAUAUUUUAAUUUUAAUUGCCCCAGUGUAGAAAUUUUGUUCUUAAUUAUUUAAAUUAGACACUAAACAAUACGGUCAAAGCUAAAAACGUUUUCCGGAUUACUGAAGGAAAAUGCUUGCACUAAAAAAUGUUUUUUGUCGUCAUCUUCUUGCGUCUCUGGCCAACACUUUAGAAUUAUAUUAGUUCGUAGUUUUUUAUUACCGUUUGUAGCAUUGAUGUUGAUGCUCGUGCAUUAUCUAUAUAUUUAUCAUGUAGUGUUUUUGCAGGUAGGUAACCUACCUACAGAAAAACUACUAAAGACUAAUACGUAAAAAAACGUAACCUAUUCAACUUUUGGAGAUUUUUCCUCUUGGAAGCUACAAAAUAUCGGCAAAUAUAAUAUUUCAAAUACAAUUUUUGAUAACUAAAAUAUCAAUGUUUUACUCGAAGCAUCAACAAGAUUUUAACACGCACAAUAUGCUCGAAUGGAUAAUAAUGCAAAUAUUUUUGUAAGCUUUAUAUUUGUGAAGUAUAUUGUACAAUAUUAUAAUAAAUCGGGUCUCAAAAAUAAGAGUUACGUGAACUAACCAAAGAUAAAAAUAGUUUAACUUCAAAUGUUGGUGGGUGUAAUUAAGAAAGAAGUGUUACAAGCCCAGACCGUCUCAAUUAUAGUUACCUUAAAACAUUUCGGUUUCAACCAGAAUAAAAAAUGUCUUCAUUUGAUAUUCCAUUUUUAGGUUUCCUUUAUUUAAUGUCUCUCUAUUAUUAUGGGGCCAAUGGAACUAAACCUAUAAUACUCUACAUCCUAUACAUAUUUAGUUAACAUAGUAAUAAGCCCUAUUUUCUUAUAAAACAAUCUUUGGUUAAAGCUUUUUUUACUGUAGAAAUAUAUUUAUUAUCCAUAGAAGAAUACGAAUGAGUUGAGUGUGUACCUAGCUUAGUUGCUCUUAGAUCUGAUCAUCCUGAAUUGUGGUACUUUAGUACUAUUUUUUAGAUAAUGCUAGGCAAUAAUAAGUCCAUAGAAAUAGGCUUUUUGUAAAAAUUAUACAGUUGUAUUUUUUCAAUAAACAUUUUUUAACAAUA